AGGGCUCUCUCGUAGUUUCUUCUCUAGUCGACGAAGAUGUCCAGGCUAGGACUGUAUCCAUGUCUGCUCCUAUUAACAGUGUGGUUCUUGUGUAUCUUCUGUCCGAUUCAUGUGGUUAGAGCUCAAAACCGUACUGGGGCCUCUACUCAUCCCGACGAAGCGCGUGCAUUGAACUCCAUCUUCGCAACAUGGAAGAUUCGCGCGCCGAGAGAAUGGAACAUCAGCGGCGAGCUUUGCUCCGGCGCCGCCAUAGACGACGGAAUCACCAUCGACAGUCGUGCCUAUAAUCCUCUAAUCAAAUGCGACUGUAAUUUCGAAAACUCCACAAUCUGCCGCAUCACUGCACUGAAGGUUUAUGCGAUAGAUGUUGUAGGGACUAUACCUGAAGAGCUCUGGACUUUGCAAUAUCUCACGAAUCUGAACUUGGGUCAAAAUUUUCUGACAGGACACUUGUCUCCUGCCAUUGGAAACCUGACUCGAAUGGAAUGGAUGACUUUUGGGAUCAAUGCGUUGUCUGGCUCUAUUCCUAAGGAAAUUGGUUUUCUUAGAGACUUAAAAUCGCUUGCUGUUAGUUCAAAUAACUUUUCCGGUUCUAUCCCAGCUGAGAUUGGGAGUUGUACAAAACUACAACAAGUCUAUAUAGAUAGUUCUGGACUUAGCGGGGAAAUACCCUUAUCAUUUGCUAAUCUUGUGGAGCUUCAAGUCGUUUGGAUGAUGGAUCUGGAAGUUACAGGUCGAAUACCAGAAUUUAUAGGAAACUGGACCAAACUUGUUUCCUUGAGAAUUCUCGGAACUGGUUUGAGUGGUCCGAUACCGUCGUCAUUUUCUAACUUAGCUUCUUUGACAGAACUGAGGCUAGGUGAUAUAUCUAAUGGAAGCUCUUCUCUUGAAUUCAUUAAAGAGAUGAAAUCUCUAAGUAUAUUAGAAUUGAGGAACAGCAAUCUUGAAGGGUCAAUACCCUCUAAUAUUGGAGAAUACUCAAGUUUGCUACAAGUUGAUUUAAGCUUCAACAAGCUACAUGGACCAGUGCCGGCUUCACUUUUGAACUUAAGUCGACUUAGUCACUUGUUUCUGGGAAACAACAAGUUGAAUGGUUUCUUGCCCACUCAAAAGAGUCAAUCCUUGAAAAAUAUAGAUGUGUCUUACAAUAAUUUGUCUGGAAGUCUUCCUUCAUGGGUCAGCUUUCCAAACUUGAAACUCAACCUAGUUGCUAACAACUUCACAUUAGAAGGUCUUGACAAGAGAGAUUUACCAGGACUGAAAUGCAUGCAGAAGAACUUCCCAUGCAACCGGGGCAAAGGAAUCUAUUCUGACUUUUCGAUCAACUGCGGAGGGCCAGAGAUAAGGUCUGUUAGCGGAUCACUAUUUGAGAAGGAGGAAGAGGAUCUUGGACCAGCUUCCUUUUUCGUGAGUACUUCUCAGAGAUGGGCAGCCAGUAGCGUAGGACUUUUUGCUGGAAGUAGCAAUAAUAUAUACAUAGCCACAUCACAGUCACAAUUUGUCAACACUUUAGACUCAGAGCUUUUUCAGUCAGCAAGACUUUCUGCAUCUUCCCUAAGGUAUUACGGGUUGGGGCUAGAGAAUGGAGGCUAUACAGUGACACUUCAGUUUGCUGAAAUACAAAUGGUAGGUUCCAACACUUGGAGAGGUGUUGGAAGAAGAAGAUUUGACAUUUAUGUCCAGGGAAGACUUGUUGAAAAGGAUUUUGAUGUGCGCAGAACAGCUGGUGGCUCUACUCUUAGAGCUGUUCAGAGAGAAUAUAAAGCAAAUGUAUCAGAAAAUUACCUCGAAGUUCAUCUUUUCUGGGCUGGAAAGGGAACAUGUUGUAUUCCUAUUCAGGGGGCAUAUGGGCCAUUAAUAUCGGCUGUCAGUGCAACACCAGAUUUUACACCAGCUGUGGUUAAUAUGCCGCCAUCAAAGGGAAAUAACAGGACUGGGACUAUUGUUAGUGUCUGAUACUCUUUUACUAAGGCUAAGACUGGUGUCAGAGGCUUUGUCGUUGAUCUUAUAAUACAUACGAUCAUAGAUUCACAGAGUUGUUCUUCUGGUUUAUGCAUUUUAUGUUGAAAUGGCGAUCAUCUGUAGCUCGUUGUAAUCGGAUCAUUGGUGUUAUCUUUUUUACAAAUUGAUGAGAGAGUAUAUCCUUUCUUAGUUCGGAGUUGUGUUCAUAAUAGUGUCAGUGUUGGCGGAGGAUCUUUGUGGGUGUGAUUCAUGCUUCUGCCAAGCUAAAGGUGCAUGCUGCAGGGGAUAAGAGUUUGCAUCUUGAUUGGUUUACCAAAAAUCUAGUGUGGUCCUUUUGUGCAUUUAUGGUGUGAAUAGGCGUGAAAUCUACACAAGAAAAGAAGGAUUAGCAUUGCUCUGCUAUGCACACAGUCAUCUCCUGCCUUGAGACCACCAAUGUCAGGAGUGGUGGCCAUUGUUGAGGUCGAUGACAUCACUUCUAAGCCAGGCUACGUAACAGACUGGCGCUUCUGUCUCCGAGAUAUCACCUGUAAACACCGACUUUGAGCCCCAUGCAAUAGAGAAUUAGAAAUUACUUUUCUCUUGAAUCAAAUUCAAUGGUGGGCUCAACUCAUUUCAAGUCGUAGUCGAAGAGGGGUCCAACUAGUUCAAGUGACCAUGUGAAAGCCAACAAGAAAGAGUAAUUGUUGUUUGUUUUGUGCUUGCAUGUCAUUUCAUGCCCAUUUAUUUCCCCAACGAUCAACCUUUUUUUUCUUUAAUAUAUUUUCGACGGUUGUCGUGGCUUGCAUGAUUAUAAUCCCACCGCCCUUCAUUGUACUUUCUUGCCAACUCAUUGGAUAAAUAGUAAG